ACGCUCAGAUCUAGAAAUGUUUGGUUAGACCACUGAUAUGGUGAAGAAAAUUAUAUAAGCAUUUUUUCUCGAACAAGUUAACAAAAUUUAAAAGAUAUUUUGUAACCAGCAUCACAUAUCCCUCAAAAGAUGGAUUUAAAAGCUGUAGUAAUUUCUGGAGAAGCUCCAGAAUCUGAUGAUGAUACCUCCAAUAUUGCCACUGGUUUAGGAUUUCCUGCUGUACGAACAUCAAACUAUUGUGGCACAAUCAUCUCUGGUGAAGCACCAGAAUCUGAUGAUGAUCUAACUAGCUUGAGCAGCAUUAGUGGAGCAGUGGAUGCCAUGACAUGUCCUCCUUAUACCGACCUCAAGAUACCAAAAUCUAAAAAGAGUACCAUCAAGUACAAUAGUUUGCUUCACAAGAAGUUACACGAAUGCAAUGAAACCUUGGACAAAGACAUUCUGCAAAUGACCGAAGGCGUCAUCACGACCGGGGUACAAGAAUUGUCAGCUGUCAAUCGACAAUUGUUGAGAAGCGAACUGGUUCUACAAGAGGCUGUGUGUCAAUUGCGUAACGCGUCUGGCCGGGUAAAGGAUGCCUCCAACGCUCUGCACCAACUCAUAGACGACGACUUCUUACAUUCCAUUAAAACUUAAUUUCUAGAAAUUAUUAGUGCGUAUUUAUACUCUUAAGAGAGAUAUUACUUGUAGUGAUGUAACAGGCAUGAGUUUGGUAAUAAUGCCAUCUCGGUAAUCGCGCAUUAAAUGCGGACAUUAGAAAAUGUAUAUUCGCUUUACAUCUGGGGACAUUGUUGAGCAUUACUAUCGAUCUUCCUCUUUUUCGUUUUUCCUAACUGGCAGUACUAUUUCGUGUGUACUUUCUAGCGCAUUUUAAAUUCAUUUCGAGAGAUGAAGUGUCCAUCUCUCUCUCUCUUCCUCUCCUUCUCUUCCUCUCUCUCUCUCUCUCUCUCUCUCUCUCUCUCUC